AUGGGGGGAAGUUAUUCCACGGUUAAAACGCAGCGGGAGUUGAGGAAUGCUGACUUGAAGGUCUCACCUAAGUCUCCAAAUUCAUUUGGAAGAGGCGAUGUGCGACCAACUCCAUCAAAGGCACUCCCGAGUGCCGCAAGAGGUACGUUGCCUACACGCGUUGCUCAGGUUAAAGUCCAGCGAGAGCAGGGGCAAGAUGAGGGCGCAUCGCGAGCACAGGAGUCAUCAUUUCAGGCUUUGCCUCAUCUUCCUACUUCACGGAGCCAAUCCUUUUCGAAUGUAGCACAAAAGUGUGGUCCGCUAUCGGGUACACCAAAUACGCCAUCAACGUCGUUGUACCGAAGCAACAUUCUGUCACCUUCUUCCACCACAGUAAAUGGUGGUGUGUUCGGUUCUCCCUCGACCACCGCCAUACCGACGCGUUCAUCACCCUCUCAGACGCAAUACUUGGAAAUCAGUGGUUAUCCAGUGGGAUUGGAGAACUAUGGUAACACCUGUUACUUCAAUGCAGUGCUGCAGUUGCUUUACCACUGUUCUCCACUGCGCAUGCGUAUGCUAGAGCUUAAUGCGAUAUACGAGAAGAAAAAGGGCAGUUCGCGGUUCGAUAGUAGCACCAUACUUGCGCUCACAGCAGACCUUUUUGCGAAGAUGCAUAAAGUGAACAAUAACAAGAAGCGGCAAAAGGGUGUCCCGACACCGCGGGGUUUGCUCAACAGAGUGCGGCAGCUCAACUCUAUGUUCAACAACAAUCAUCAACACGAUGCACAUGAGUUUGCCAUGUUUCUCCUGAACGAACUUGUUGAGACUGAGUCUCAUUUGAUGUCUGACGAAAGGAAUCGGACACUCUUCAUGCGGGAUGAGGGAAAAGAAUCGAAGACAUCACAAUGGUUUUCUUCCCUCUGGUCUCGUCGACAGAAAGAAACCAAAAAAGGUGCGGAAAGAUCACAAUCCGAUGUGAAGGAAGCAAAUGAGUCAUGCACAACGGUGGACUGUCUUGAACUCCCGCGAAUCUUUAGCGAGGGUGAGGUGUGUGCCAUGAAACUCCCUUCAUUGACGAGGUUGAAGAGCAGUGACUUUUCAGACGGGGUUGGUGGCACAAGUUUGUACUCCACUUCUGGUUGGGAUUGGGGCGCUCCACCUUCUCUGGAAAAGAUUUUAACUGGUCAGUUUGUAUCGCUUACGGGAUGCUGCGAGUGUGAGAAUGUGUCCGUUACCCGUGAGGCGUUCAUUGAUAUUGGCCUGAAUGUCGUGCAGGGUUCAUCGCUGCGUCGGUGCGUGGAAGAGUUGAGUGUCACGGAGGUUUUUGAUGGAGAAAACAAAAUGAAUUGUGAGCGGUGCGGAAAAAAAGUUGCAGCACGGCGUGCCAUGUGGAUUAAUCGGCUGCCUGAAUAUGCUUUGUUGGUGCACCUCAAGCGCUUUCACUACGACGAGAAGACUGGAAAAAUGAGAAAACGAAGCGAGCACAUCGCCCUCCCGCGGGAGAUUGAUGUUGUGGAAUAUGAACCAUGUGGAGAAAAGUGCAAUGAAGCGGCUGGUGAUGGAUCAUUUUGUUGCGAAGAGGACACCUCUGGACCGGAAUUCCGCCGCCCCUUGACAUCUUCUCCCGUACAAUCGACAUUAGCAGGGAUCGCAUCUUCAAAUGAUGCGGGUUGUAGUAACAGCUGCAUUGGCUCCAGCUGCGGUGAUAUCAAUAGUACAACCACUACGUCUGAGCCACAUUUUCGGCUGCUUCAGAAGUUGCAUGUCAUGCCGCGUUGCAAAGGCCGCUUUGCUUUAAGUGGUUUCGUCGCCCACCGUGGAAGCGGACUCAGCUCUGGGCAUUAUUUUACAUGUGUUCGUCAUGAAAGUGCGUGGCGCUGCUUCGAUGACAACAACGUGACGGAACUAACGGACCGCGAGAUGCAGCGUUUCUGGGGCACGCCAGUGGAUUUGGGCGAAGUUGUCACCACCACCACGGCAUAUUUGCUUCUGUACGAGCGAGUUGCGUAA